GACCGUCUCAGCCGAGUGCUUGUUGGUAGGAACCCGCUUGGCGUCGGGUCUGUGGAGGUUUGGGGGUGCUCUGGCUGUAACUGAAGCAGGCGUCGGGGAGAGUCCAUAGGAGAGAAGGCGCCAUGGACGAUCAGGGCUGCCCCCGGUGUAAGACCACUAAAUACCGGAACCCCUCCUUGAAGCUGAUGGUGAAUGUGUGCGGACACACGCUAUGUGAAAGCUGUGUGGAUUUACUGUUUAUGAGAGGAGCUGGAAACUGUCCUGAAUGUGGCACUCCACUUAGAAAGAGCAACUUCAGGGUACAACUCUUUGAAGAUCCUACUGUGGACAAGGAGGUUGAGAUUCGAAAAAAAGUCCUAAAAAUAUACAAUAAAAGAGAAGAAGACUUUCCUAGUCUAAGAGAAUAUAAUGAUUUCCUGGAAGAAGUGGAAGAAAUUGUUUUCAACUUGACCAACAAUGUGGAUUUGGACAACACCAAAAAGAAAAUGGAGAUGUACCAGAAGGAAAAUAAAGAUGUCAUUCAGAAAAAUAAGUUAAAGCUGACUCGGGAACAGGAGGAAUUGGAAGAAGCUUUAGAGGUAGAAAGACAGGAAAAUGAACAAAGAAGACUGUUCAUACAAAAAGAAGAACAACGGCAGCAGAUUCUCAAAAGGAAGAAUAAGCAGGCUUUUUUAGAUGAACUGGAGAGUUCUGAUCUCCCUGUUGCUCUGCUUUUGGCUCAGCAUAAAGAUAGAUCUACCCAGUUGGAAAUGCAACUUGAGAAACCUAAACCUAUAAAACCAGUGACAUUUUCCACAGGCAUCAAAAUGGGUCAGCAUAUUUCAUUAGCACCUAUUCAAAAGCUUGAAGAAGCUCUAUAUGAAUACCAACCACUGCAGAUCGAGACAUGUGGACCGCAAGUUCCUGAGCUUGAGAUGUUAGGAAGACUUGGGUAUUUAAACCAUGUCAGAGCUGCCUCUCCACAGGACCUUGCUGGAGGCUAUACUUCUUCUCUUGCUUGUCACAGAGCACUACAGGAUGCAUUCAGCGGGCUUUUCUGGCAGCCCAGUUAACCUUUAUUUCUCCUUUAUAAGAUUUGGACCUAGGAGCUGAACCAGGGAGCUAGCAAAAGAAAAGCAGACGUGUAAAAAUAUAGCCAUGUGCAGCUGCCCAGCAGCAGUACUCCCACUAGCAGCUGUGUUAAAGUAUUUAUAAGAGAAAAUUUCAGAACUAAGUUGAGCAAUACGGUGGAUAAAUAUAUGUGAAAAAGAUUUAUUUUUUACUUAUAUUUUUCUGAGAGGGAUUGAAGCUGUAAACUUUAUCUGAUGGAAGAUAUGAAUAAUUCACCUAUGUAUGCUUGAGGUUGACAGACUUGUAAAAUCUUUUUAAAAAUAAAGCUAGACUUUAUAUUAA